CGUUCGAGUUUUAGAAAGGCCACGUAAUUUUUCAUAACUUCCUGUUUCAAAAAAACCCCAACUUUUGCUUUUAAAAUAUCAAAAUGAAGUGGUUUGAUGGGAAAAUACCAGAUGCAAUUCAAGUGUCGAAACGAAAUGGAUCUUUGUUUAUGGUUUAUGUAUAUGGGAAAGAUGAUAUGUCACAACAGAUGAACAGUACAUGGGACAGCGAGACAGUGUCUAAAUGCCUGGAAGAAAAUGGUGCCGUUGCUGUCAAGAUUGAAAGUACUAGUGAAGAGUGUAAAUUCUUUUCCCAGAUCUAUCCUGUAGUGGUUGUGCCAUCUGUAUUCUGUAUAGGAGAAGGGGGAGUUCCACUUGAGGUGAUAGGAGGGCAUGUACAACCUGACGAGUUUGUAAACAAGUUAAAACAAGUGGAACAGAUGCAUGCUGCGCAGAAGUCCAGUAAUACCCCACCCACACCAAACACAGGCCAGCAGACUGCAUCGUCACCUACAGAUGGGCAGGUAAAUCCACCAGGUGCAAGUAAUGAGGCAUCAACUUCACAGACAGGAGCAAGUGGUGACCCUGCUGUUCCAUUAGAAGAAAAAGUUGAACGCAAGAAAACACAGAUGAAAGAAUUAAAAGAACAAAUGAGGAAAAAGAAAAAGAGGAAGAAAAGAAAAGCUAAAGAGAAAAUAAAGACAACAAAUUUGCCAGAGAUAGGUUACAGAAAAAACUUUGAAGAGAGACAGGUAAAGUUUUACGAAGGAGAAACAAGAGAAGAGAUCAAGCUGCUGAAGAGAAAGAAACGCGAGAAAGUUAGUGGAGGCAACAGAGACUUGCUGCUGCAGAGGAGGCAAGAAAAAG